AUGGUCGCGGCCCUCGAGUCUGAAGACCUUUGGGAAUUCGAUGUCAAGAGACAGGCGUCGGUUUGCGGAGAUCGUGUUGAGCGACUGUUCUACGAACGAUGUCCGCCCCGAAAGCGGCCCCCUCACAUGCGUUCAUCUACUUAUGGUAUCGUGCCCGAUGGUAAACACGAGGACCUUGAGAAAGCCGAGACGUCAAGUGGGGAAGUAGCAACGAUAGAUGGAAAACGUCCGGAUGACAAGAGUCCGAAUAGUGCUACGAGUAAUCAAGGGCCAGGGAUGGAAGAGCCGUGGAUCCCGCUGCGUGAUCACCCAAACAAAUGGGAUCAGAGCCUAGUGCGCGCACUCAAUCGAGCCUUCUUUUGGCGGUUUUGGACGGCAGGGUUAUUCAAAGGUGUUGCGGACGUAUUGAAUGCUACGACCCCCAUUGUCACACGUCUCCUCUUGACAUAUCUUGGUGAAGCUUAUUACUAUUCGCGCGGCGUUCCCGGUGCACCUCAGCCGAGGGCUGCAAGUUAUGGAUUUGGUUUGGCUAUCGCCGUUGCUGUUAUGCAAGAAGUUAGCUCGUUGUGCACGAAUCAGUAUUUCUUUAGGGCUAUGACAACCGGUUUCUUGAUUCGAACGAGUGUAAUUUCUACGAUCUUUCGCAAAAGUUUACGACUUUCUGGUCGAUCCCGGACGAAACAUUCUACCGGCCAGAUUACGACUAUGAUUAGUGCCGACUGUACUAGGCUCGACAUGGCUGCUGGUUUUUUCCAUAUCGUUUGGACGGGUCCGAUUGAGAUUAUUAUUGGAAUCGCAUUGCUCAUUCACAACCUAGGAUAUUCUGCCUUGGUCGGUCUAGGUGUACUCAUCUUUGGAAUUCCAGUACAAGCAGUGAUGGUCCACCGGAUGAUACAAGCCCGUCGCUCAACUGUCCAACUAACCGACAAACGAGUUCGGCUCCUUCAGGAAAUUCUCCAAGGCAUCCGCGUCCUGGUUCUCUUUGGCUGGCAGGGACACUACGGCGAGAAGGUCUUAGGAUUUCGAAAACGGGAGUUGACUCGUAUCCGUAAGAUUGCCUUGUACCGUGCUACGAUUAUUUCGACGAUCACGUUCAUCCCGAUCUUGGCAGCAACUUUAUCGUUUAUUACGUAUGCGCUUACUGGUCAUGACCUUAAUGCGGCAGUUAUCUUCUCCAGUUUGCAGCUCUUCAACAUUAUUCGUAUGCCACUCGUAUUCGUGCCAUUGGUUGCUAGCAGCUGUGGUGAUGCUUAUGUUGCUCUGGGACGUAUCAGCAAAUUCUUGACUAGUGAGGAGCUACAAGACGAAUUCGAGGUACAACCUGAAAACAAAUAUGCUGUUGACAUUCGGGGCACAUUCACUUGGGAACGUGGCGGCGCUCCCCAGAUCUGCCCCCAAGAAAGGCAAAAAGGCAACCGCAGCGGCGAAGGCAGCGGCCGCAGAGGCCCCAAAGCCGACCAAGGAGGAAUUAGAAAGAAGAAAGCAGACGAUAAGGAGAAGAAAGCCAAGAAAAGGAUAAGAAGAAGAGGGAGAAGGAACGAGGAGCACGGGCCUGAACCCUUCCGCUGGUGGACGUUGACCUUCAAAUACCCCGUGGAGCCUUUGUUGGAAUUGUGGGAAAGAUCGGCAGGUACUGAGACCCGAAAUGUAGGCGGAAAAUCAUCCCUACUUCAAGCUAUGACAGGGGAAAUGCGUCGCGUGGCCGAACAUGACUCUACGUCAAAACGUUACGUUUGGGAGGUCCGAUGUGCAAACCAGUUCAGUCAAGUCGUAUAUGCCUGCGCACUCAGACCGACAUUGAAAUGCUUCACGACGGAGAGCGACCGAAUUGGAGAGCGGGGUGUGAAUUUGUCAGGUGGCCAAAAAGCUCGCAUCAAUCUUGCCAGGGUCGCCUACUUUGGUCCGGACAUUGCGUUUUUGGACGAUCCUUUGAGUGCAGUCGAUAGUCAUGUCUCCAAGCACAUUCUCGAAAAUUGUCUCCUUUCUGGCCCACUUGCUGACAAAACUCGGAUAUUAGUCACCCAUCAGCUGCAUGUGCUCCCCUAUGUUGACGAGGUCAUCUUUAUGGAUAAUGGUCGUAUUGUUGAGAGGGGAAGAUAUUCGGACUUGGUCGCUGCCGGCGGACAGUUCAGCCAACUCGUUGCCGAAUACGGUGUGGCAGAACAAGCAGAAAGCAAAAAAGAAGGCGAAGACACGACCGCUACCGCUAAGGACGAUAGGGCGAACGAAAAAGAUACUCCCGCGACCAAGCUGAUGCAGGGCGACGAACGGAAUACCGGUGCUGUCGGCUGGGAUGCCUAUACUAGUUAUAUUCGCGCGGCUGGGGGGCUUUCUUGGAUGCCUUUCCUAGCACUACUUUUGAGUUUGGCGCAAACUGCUAAUGUUUUGAGCACACUUUUCCUCGGUUUCUGGACUUCCAACCAUUGGGGUUUACCGCAAGGUGCAUAUAUGGGUAUCUAUGCGGGGUUGGGAUUUGCUACAGCAAUCUUCUCAUUUAUGGGUUCAUUCGCAUUUGCAUGGGCUGGAUUCACAGCGUCGUUGAAUCUAUUCACAGGCGCGUUGGGUGGGGUACUGGGCUCUCCUAUGAAGUUCUUUGAUACCACUCCAAUCGGUGCUAUCAUAGCGAGACUGAGCAAGGAUAUUGACACCCUCGAUGCCAACUUGCCUCAAGCAUGGUUUCAGUUGUUGUCCAAUGCAUUUAGCAUUCUGGGCACUGUUGCACUUGUUUUCUAUACAUACGCAUGGCUCGGAAUAAUGUUCCCCCCCUUGUUCCUCCUCUACUGGUACUUCUCAAUGUUUUAUCGAAGGACAAGCAUCGAAGUCAAACGGCUUGACUCCAUUUUACGUUCUCUUUUGUAUGCGGCCUUCUCCGAGGCGUUAACUGGGCUAAGCACAAUUCGUGCCUAUCGAGAGCAACCUCGCUUUGUUAAGGUGUCCGAGAGGCAGAUCGAUGUAGAGAACAAAGCGUAUUUCAUGACCAUAGCAUGUCAGCGCUAUCUGGGUGUUCGACUAGAUUUCUUGGGUAACUUGCUCAUUUUAGGCAUCGGCCUUAUCGCCGUUGGAUUUAGGACGAGUGCAGAUCCAUCCAAACUUGGAGUUGUAUUGACCUACGCGUUGACCAUAACGCAAACAUUCUCUCAAAUGGUUACUCAGCUUGCCCAGGUGGAGCAGGAUAUGAACACGGUCGAACGCAUUGUCCACUAUCGCAAUCUCGAGCAAGAACCCCCUGCGAAAUUGCCUGAUGAUCCUCCACAAGAAUGGCCACAGCAAGGAGGCAUCGACUUCCGGAACGUGGCUCUUCGGUACCGGGAUGGGUUGCCCCUGGUACUGGAUGGCUUGACAUUUGAUGUUAAACCUGGAGAACGAGUUGGUAUUGUGGGGAGAACAGGAGCAGGCAAAUCAUCAUUGCUGACCGCAUUGUUCCGUGUUGCUCCACUGUCCGGUGGCACUAUUGAGAUCGAUGUCAUCAUUCCUCAAGAUGCCGUCUUAUUUGAAGGGACCCUUCGCGAAAACAUUGACCCUCUGAAGACCAGAACCGACGAGCACUUGUAUUCGGCCCUCCGACGAGUCAAACUACUUGGGCCUGGCUCGGGGCCACCACCCAAGGACUCAAAAUUACAUCUGGACAAUGAAGUUCGGGACGAUUCGUUCAGCGCAGGCGAGCGACAGUUGUUGGCACUUUGUCGGGCAUUGAUCAAGGAUCAAUGUAAAAUACUGAUCCUGGAUGAGGCGACAUCCAGUGUAGACGUGGACACCGACUCUAUGGUCCAACAGAUGAUUCAACGCGACUUCCACGGAAAGACACUUCUUUGUAUCGCCCAUCGCCUCAAUACCAUCGCAUUUUACGACAGAGUCUUGGUUAUGGAUAAAGGUCGUUUGAAAGAGUACGAUACCCCGCUGAACCUCUUUGACAACCCAGAUUCCCAAUUCCGGGCAAUGUGCGAUAAAGCAGGGCUCUCGCGUGCCGAUAUUGUGAAGAUCCGUGCGAAUGCCGAGGCGCAGCUUCAAACCGCGGCACUGUCCGCCUAA